AUGUAAUAGUUAUUUUGGAAGAAAAUUGAAAUUGACAACAGUAUGUGAUUAAUUCAAAUUUUAUAGAGAAACAUGGUCGUCCACCUAAGUUAGAGGAGAGUGUUAAUUUAGUGUAUUUGAUUGAUCAGAAUCGAUAUUUAUACUUUGGAGGCAAGAAUCCAUUCAAUAUUAAGGAUUUGUAAUAGGAAGGUAUGCAAUUGAAUUUACAGCAUAGAGAAGUAGCCAUCUCCUCCAAAAAGUGAUGGAAUAUCCUUUAAAAUAGGUGCAUCAAAGUAGACAAGAGUGAGUAGUCCAUUUAGUAAUCAAGAAUGCUAAGAUUAUGUAUACAUUUUGGACCCAGCUACAUAUUCAUGGAGUAUCAAGAAAUGCACAGGAAAACCUCCUACUAGAAGAACAAGCGCAUAGGUUUGGUAUGAAGCACCUUUGUUAUAUGUUUAUGGAGGGAUCACAUACGAGAAUAAAACUGUUAGUGAUCUGUACAUAUUGAAUACAGAGAAAUUCGUGUGGAAACGAUUUUUUUAUUUGGAAGGUCCUCCAGGUAGAUUGCAUUUUGGAUUCUCAACAUAAGGUAUCAAGAAAUAUUUGAUGGGUGGAGCAAGUAUGCCAGAGAAUUUAUUGAUGGAUGAUGUAUGGUAAUUGUCUGUAAGUUAUAAUAUGUAAAUAAAUUAGUUUGAAAAUGUGGCAUGGGAAACUCAGUCUUUAGAAUUGCCAGGAAUUACUUGGGAGAAACUGCCAUUUGAUGAUAUGCCAGCUAUCAACGCACACACUAUGAUAUAAGUAUCAGAUAAAGAGUUGUUGGUCUAUGGAGGAUUCAAUAAACAAAAAUAAUGUUAGGACCGUUGUCUAUUAUUGGAUAUAGAGACUUAUGAUAUAAGUUAAUUAGAAUUGAAAGGAUAAUCACCUGGUUAGAGAGCAUUUCAUGUAAAUUAUGAUAAUAUUUUAAGGAAUUAUUGGUUGUUAAGGAGAACUUAUUGUGUUUAUACGGAGGAUACAACGUGAAUGAGAAUUAGUUAAAGAAUUCAGAAACAUUGAAUGACUUAUAUCUAUUGAACUUGAAUGAAGGAUAUUGGUCUAAACCCAUAGCUGGUGGCUACAUUCCAACUCCUAGAUUUGGUUAUGUAAUGUCAUGCAAUUAAAAUGAAGUUCAUGGAGAAAUUAUGUUGUUGGGAGGGAGAUUGAAUGAUGGGACUAUUGAUUAAAGUAUUUAUGUUUUGCAUGAAUUGGACAUGGAGGCAAGAGAGGCUUGGGAUGAGAAAGAUGAGAAGGAGAAGAAUAAAUAUGAUACAUAUAGAGAAUUGAAGAAGGAGAACAAAAAUGUUACUGUUCCUACCAUGACUUUAGAAUUUGAUGAAGCUGAAAAAAUCAUAUUGGAAUAGAAAAGAACCAUAGGUGAAAAAGAAAAGGAUUUGAAACAAUUGUAAUAGAACUCACAUUAACUUGAAGAGAGAGCGGAGAAAUUGUAAGAGCAAAUCGAUAUUGGAAAAUUGAAGAUGGAUUAAGAUCUUGAAAAUACAAGAAUUGAAAUUACCGAACUCAAUCAGAAAGCUGAUCAAAGUCAAUCAACUAUAGAUAAGAUAUUGUAAUUAUUGGCAUUUGAAAGGAAAAAAAGAAAAUUAGUUUAUAGGAAAGCUCUGGCUUUGGAAGAUCUUUAUAGAAAGACUUCCUUAUACAUAUUUGAGAUGGACAAAGUGUUUGUUAAGGGAUAGAGUGAGAAUCUCUUGGAAACAUCAAUUAAUGAAGACAGCCUGAACCUUAUUGAUUAGAGAAAACAAGAGUAUAAAAAUGUUCUCAUUUCUUUUCAUAAAUCCUUUGAAGAGAGAUACAAAUAAGAAAUGUAAGUAAGACAACAAAUCAGAAGCAACAAAGACAUUUUGAAAUAGUUCCAUAACAUCAACGAAGUGUACAAAAAGACAUUGCUCAAAGAAGACAGAGAAUACUUAGACAAGAAAAUAUGA